UAGUUAAUCUUUUGGAUUUAAUAUUUUACCUUGAGGAAAUAGUAAUUAUGGUUAAUUUAUUUAAACCUGGAAUACACAUAAUGAUUUAGAAAAUAUUUUAUAUAGGAUUUAUAUUCAGGUGGAGUUAAAUACAAGAUUUGAUUUCUGACGAUGAGGCAUUUUUUGUUUUAUGCUGCUAAGUAAAAUCUUUUAAUAUUGAAUUCAUGGAUUUAUAGGUAAACAAAAGUCAUUCUAAUGAAAGAAAGUUUGAUGGAAAUUCGGCAAAUUCAGUUUGGAUUUUAUAAUCACUCGGAUUUUGACAGGAAACUAUGGUGCUAAUGAAAAGAGAAUUCCUUUAUGUCAUGAAAAUAAGAGAAAAACAUGAUAACAGUCAACAGAAAAAUGUAGUUUAAACUAUUAAGAUAGGAAAAUGUAUAAUGAUGACAGAAGAUACCCGUUUCCUGAUUUAAAGAAACGUCUUGAUGGAGGGAAAACAUACAUUUCACACAGGAAGGACAGGGAUCCAGUCAGUAAAUUAAGUCAUGGAAUACGUCGACUUGAAAAUAGAAUAUAUCGUUACGAUGUAGAACAAAGGAGAUUAAUGGAAGCAGAAUUUGAAAAUGAGGACUUUGUGCGGAAAAAGUUACAAUUCACGGAUGAUGAAGAUGAAACAGGGUUGGAUUUUACUGACAAAAUUGCAGCUUUGAGGUCAAUUUUAAAAAGACCUCAAGGUCAAAAUGAUUACCAAAAUGAUGAAAUAAAUGGUGAUGCAGAUUUUGUUAGUCCCAGAUUACUUGGUGUAGAUGCUAGAAAUAGUAAAAAGAAGAGGAAUCUACAGGAAAGACAAGAAGAUGGAAAUGUAACAAAAAAACAAGUAGAUGAAGAAUUAGCUAAAAUGUCUUAUCAAAAUUAUGAAGCUAUGCAACAUUUAGAAAAAUACUCUGGUCUGUUAACAAGUGUUGGUAAUAAAAUAAAUAGGAAAAAAGAUCCUUCACCCAAAACAAAAUUAGUGCAAGACAAUAUGGAAUUUGUUUUGAGUGGGAAAGACAAUCAGAAAUUAACCUCAAAUGGAUUAGAUUCAAAGUUUAAGGAUUUGGACCAAGUGCCAGAACGUGAUAAAGCUACUACUUGUAUAUAUAUUCAUAAUUAUGAAUCCUCUCCAAAGUGCCAAAAUUGCCAUAGUAAUUUAUUAUGUAGGAAUUGCCCAGAUCAUAGCAGAUGCCAUAACUGUAUUCAAAAUAUGUCCUAUUCCAGUCGGCAAGGAAAUUUGACUUGUCCAAAAUGUUAUGCUCCUUUACUUGAAAAUGGUGCUUCUUUUGAUAACCCUUUGAGUUCUAGUCAAAGGAGUUCAAAGUUCAUUCAGAGUAAUGUGCCUCAUUUUGAUCCUUUAUGGGACGGAACAAGUUAUGAUGGUGAAAAUCAUAGGGGCAAGCAUUUGAAUAAAGAGAAAAAGAAAAAUGACAGAAAAAAUGAUAAGGAUUCUAGUCAUGUAGCUCAGAGCAAUCUGAAGCAAAGAACAUCUAGAAAAAGUAGUGAAAAAUCACAUAAAUCAAAACACACUUUUGAUAAUGAUUUAAAACAAUGUGAUCCAGGUGUUAUGACACUUGAUGAUUUAAGAGAACCCCCUAAAUCUGAAAAGCAGAGAUACAAUCAGAGAGAAAAAUCAAAGUCAAGAUAUUCAUCUGAGGAAAGGAAAACUAAAUCUAAAGCUAGGAAAAAAUUGGAAGAUGAAUUUGAAAGUUCUGAUUCUUCUCUCAAAGAAAAUUUUCCACAUGGUAAAAAAAUCAAAAGUGAUGAUUCUUCUAGUCAUAAGUCAAAGUUUUCUGAUUCUCAAGAAAAGAGAUUAAAAUCAAAAGUUGAGGAAUUGUUUGGACUUCCUACUGGAGUUAUUGACAUCAAAAUCCCCAAGCAUUUACAAAAUAGUGGCCAUGGAAUAUCUGAGGAGAUUCAAAGGGAGAAAAUCCAACGUCUAGGACAGAUGCCCAAUGGAUUACUUCCCCUUUCUGAUAAUGAUGGCAGGCUGUCAGAUGGUAUUAGUAUCGAUGGUUCUAAUAAAUCUUCUGGUUCCCAGUCCUCAACUAUCCUGGCUGUAGAGUUACUACGGAAACUGUACAAUGUAGACACAACAACCAGGGAAGAGCUGAUAUUAAAGGCUAAAUGUUUUAGAAGAUGGUUGGAGAAUGUGAGAAGUUCUGCAUUGAAGGGUCAAGGGGUCAGCCUAGAGAAUGUUAAUUCUGUUGAACAUGCUCAGUUGUUAGAGACAGCAAACUAUGGUGUCUGUUUACAGAGGGCAGAAAUUUUCAAUAGAGAGCACCUUUUAAAACGGAUGCUAAAAAAAUGGAGACGCAGAUGGAUUUCCCAUGCUGGAGAGAGAGCUGCCUACACUCUCCACAAACAACAUACUCUAAGGAAAGGAAUGAAUGCUUUCAAAUGGGCCAUUAGUAGGUCUAGGAUACAGAUAGAAAUUUUACAAUCUAGAGCAAGAGGUGCUCUCAUCAAUGCCACAUUUAUUAAGUGGAAGGCCAAAGCUGAAGCAAACAUAAAGAUGAGACUUGAGAUGUCAUUUGCAAGAUGGCGUGUAUUUACGUCAGAAUCACAAAAAAAGGAUAAUAGAUAUAGCAUGGAACUUUCAUUGGUGAAGAGAUUAAGAAGUGCUUUGGACAAAAAGUUACUGCAUCAAUCAUUAUAUCAAUGGAGCUGUCGAUUCCAGAUGAGACUAAAAGAGAAUGCAGCAGACCAUUACUUCAGGUCCUGUUUAUUACACCAAGCAGUAGAAUAUUGGAAACAGUUUACAUCAUUGUCUAAAGAGAAGAAAUCUAAAAUGGAGAUUGCUAUGAGACAACAUAACAGAAAGCUGGUAAAACAGACAUUUAAAACAGUAACUGUUGUAUACCACAAACAUAGGGUGGCCAGAGAACAUCAUAGGACUGGAACGUUACAUCAGGUAUUGACAGCCUGGCUCCAUGUGACACAGAUCCUCAAGCAGGAGAGACAUAGAGAUAUGUUAGUCAGCAUAGAGCACUGGACCAUAACUACUCUACAGAGCUCCUUUAUACAAUGGAGGGAGCACCUGCUUACACAGAGAGCUCAGAAAGCUUCACACAAAAAACUUGUCAGAAAUGCUUGGAAAAUAUGGAAGAUACAGUGGGUGACAAAUGUUCGGGAGAGGAUAGAGAUCGAAGGUAAAAUCCGUCACGACAUUCUACAGGAGACAUUCCAGAUGUGGAAAGAUAAUGUCGCUAGACUGAAGAGAAGACGACAUGGUGCUGAGGUGUUUAUACAGAGGGCACUUGUCAGACAAGUUAUUGAAGCUUGGCAUGAGCAUACUAGUCAUCGUAAAAUGAUCAGAGCCUUCAAGAGAGUAUUUGUACACAGAAUGAAUGAGGCUGUCCAAGUUAAAUACCUGUCAAUUUGGAAGAAAAGAUUUGAAGAUAAACUGGACUUACACAGAGCUAAAAGUUUCUGGUCCAAUACAUGUGCUAGGAAGGCAGCUGUGGUGUGGAGAACAGUUUGUCAUCAUAGGUUAUUAGAUAGAUUACUGGUCACGACAGAACCACAUCGACAACUUUGUUUGCAGAAAGUUAUGUUUGAUAGAUGGAAGGAAGCAAAGAGAAAGAUAGAUGAAGAGAAACACAAAGCAGAUGUAACAAGAGCCAUCUUGGAAAAUUCACUUCUAAAACAACAUUUCAUUAAAUGGAAAGAGGCAACAGAACAAAGGCUAAAGAUCAGACCUAUGUUAAUGAGACAACAAGGUUCACUGCUGUCAGAGACAUUUCUUUCUUGGCAUGGUUUGGUGCAGCACAAAUCUGAAUGUAGAAAGAAUAAAGUGUUGUUUGACAGGAAGAAACUGAGAGCUGCUUUUGGUGACUGGAGAAAACAAUAUUUGAUCCAUCAAUUGGAGGUUGCGAUCAAAGCCAAGACAACAACCAAUCAGCUGAGGCGUUGUAUAAUUGGUUGGUCUGCUGUUAUCAAACGGAAGCAUUCUGCUGUUAAAUUCCACAAUCAACAGAUGGUAAAACAGCUGUUCUACUGCUGGAGAGGAAAAGCUUUUGAUCAAAUAAAGGAUAAACAUGAAACCAGAGAAACCAAGGAACUAAAUAUGUAUUUAAUGAGAGAAUACUUUAAAUUGUGGCAUAAAAAUGUACACCAACAAAUAUCAGAAAGAGAAGAGGCAAUACAGUUGAUGGAACAGCAGAGGGCAAACUUCAAGGUCAAGUCAUCUUUCCAGUCCUGGAGGAGACUAUUCAGAGCAACAAUUGUGGCAAGAGAAAACCAGAAAUUGUUGGUCAGAAGACAACUACAGAAGAUUCUCACAGAAUGGCAUGAUCUGACAGACUUCAGCGUAAAAGAUGCUAUACAGAAGUUUGCUGUACAGCUAGGCUUACAGUCUCCAGAUGGUACUCCUGAAGGAUCUGUUGCUAUAGUUGACCAGUUACAGAAUCUGACAGAUUUUGAUCAUACAGAUACCCACUGGAGUUCAUUUACAUCACCAGCUCUUGGUACACCAAGGAGUAGGAGGAUGAGUUCCAGUCGAUUAGCUGUGGACUAUGACCCAGAUCAUAAACCUUCCAUGGCAGACACAUCUUUCUUGGACAACAGAUUUGCUAUAGAACAUGCUGUUAGGACACAGAGGAUGAGGGAAAUUGUGACUAUGUUUAUCAAACGAUUGCGAUUCUGGCCUCUUAGUAAUGUAUUUGACCAGUGGAAGGAAUUUACAGCACGUCAGCGUGAGAUGAAGGCUGCCACUAAACAAGUGAAAGAAUUACAUGUACAACUUCAGCAGAAAAUGGUGUUUAGGAUAUGGAGAGAGGCUUACGAUGGCAGUUCUAAGGCUAAAGUUCAAAGUAAUUCCUCAUUGCAAAGGAGAGUAUUUGAUGCUUGGUAUGACUUCAAAUGUCACAGUAAAUACAAGAAGCAGUUAUCUGCCCUUGCUCUACAUCAUUACUCAAUGAAGAUCUACAGACAGAUAUUCCCUAUGUGGUUUGAAAAGGCAAAAGAGAAAAGACAUACUGAAAGGAUAGUACAUCUGUGGUCAACAAUAACUCCAGAGGAACAAUCUCUCCUUCCAUUGGAGAGUUCUGUUAAAGGGAGAAUACAAACUAAAACUCUCAAGAAAUGCUUUGCUAUAUGGAGCCUGAAGUACCAACGAAUUACAAAAUUAAAAAAUGCAUAUCAUAGGAUUGUUUUGGAGAGGUGUCUGCAUAUAUGGUUUGAUUGGUCAAGUCUGAAGAAGGAACAGAGACAGAAAUGUAAUGACUUUAACACAAGGAGAUUACAAACACAAAUGUUUAGAACCUGGUGUAUGAGAAAGAAACAGAUGACCUCUGUGAACAAAAAGCACCAAGAAUCGUGGGAAAUCUAUCAGUCAGAAAUUCUUCAAGUUUGGCACCAAUGGGCUAAAGCUAACAAGAAAAGAAGAGUAUUAGCUCAAAUAGUGACUCACAUCAGACAGAGGAAUACAUUAUGUAGGAACUUUGUAAUGUGGAGAGAACAGACACAAAAACUACAGUUGGCCUCUAAACUGUAUAAUCUUAAAUUAGUACAAAAAGUUGUCAUUGGCUGGCAUGAUGUAGCGCACACAAAUAAACAGUUAAAACAAAAAGUUCUCAACUUCCAAGUCAAGUCUUAUACCAAACUGGUAAUAAGGAUGUUUAAAACAUGGCAUGGUGCCUACGUAGACAGAUUACAGGAGUAUGAGGAACAUGAACAGUAUGUACAGCGUGUAGCUCUACAGAUUGCAAGAACAUGGAGAUAUAAAGCUCAAAAAGCUAGAGGUCAAAGGUUACUUCAAUAUCGCCAACAACUAGAGAUGAAAAAAUGUUUUGAGAGAUGGCGUUACAAUUAUGAUAGAAAUCUAGAGAGAGAACAUCAGUUGAAGAGAUUAGUUGAUCGUAAAAAUUGGCAGCUGAUGGGAGGAUACAUGGAUAGUUGGAAGACUUCACUGUUGGCUAAACAGGCUAUCAGACUAUAUAACAUGAAGCUAACAGGAACAGUUCUUCAUUACUGGCACACAUUUACACAGAAAUCCAAAAGAAGGUUGGAAGUAUGCGCUGCCUAUAAAGAAGCCUUAUCAAAGCGACAUGUAAAAUCCUACUUCGUGUACUGGGUCAACAUGCAUCGAGCACAGAAAUCAGUCGAGGGACACUUCCAUCUCAAACUACAGAUUCAAGUGCUAAGAUCCUGGCAUGAUUAUACAAAGAGAAAACGUCAUUUAAUGAGGCUUGGGGCAAUAAUGACAUGUAAGGUCAAUAAACGGAUCGUCAGUGAUGUAUGGAGUUCAAUGAAAUGUCAGUUCGAUUAUUACAACUCACUUACUGAAACAGCAGAGAAGAUAGCCGAACAAAAAGACAUAGAAUGUGUACACAGUGCUUUACAUGUAUGGAGAGAAAGAUUAAACAGGGUCAUUGCUAGGAGAUGCUAUCAUCUUUUGUUAGCACGUAGAGGUGUUAGGAAAUGGAGACAAUUUGUGGCCAGGAAAAAGUUGGAAAGGAAAAUAGAUGAAGAGAAAAUGGAUAAAGCUGUUACACAUCACAACAGAAAGUUAUGUUCAAUAGCCAUGGAAGCAUGGUUGGAUGAAAUGAAAGUUGUACAUCAUAUACAGUACCGUAAAAAGAAACUUUUACAGAAAUUUGGAUCUCUUUGGAAGUACAGAGUAGAUUUAAUAUAUACAGCCAAAUGUGUGGAAAGUGAGAAUUUGAUGAAGACAGCUUGGAGAAGAUGGCGAGUAGAGUUUGCUAAGACCACUCCUUUGACAAAGAUAGAUAACUUUGAGACCAAACAUUUGAAAUCCACAGUCUUUUAUGCAUGGAAGGACUGGUAUCUGAGAAAAAAGAGGUCAAAGAUUGCAAUGAAGAGAAGUCCAUCACUAAAUCAUCUACAGAUGUCUAGGAGCUCUUCAACAGAAUCAUUCUCAGCCAGACCGUCACAGAUUCCUAUGCCUGUUUAUAGAGACAAUCACCAGGGAAAUAGUUAAUACACUACUGACUGGCAGUUACUUUCUGUCAGCUCAUUAAUAUGUUCAUUUAAUGUUAAGUUAAAGAGAUGACUAGACUUUUAGGAUGAAUAAAAUUACUAGAACUGUUAUUAUAAGAUUGAAAAUCUAUCUUGCAAACCUAUGUUUUUCUUGAGCAGACAUUUUAACUUAGUAUAAAACAUAGACUGUUUGGUUAAAAAGACUUUAAUGACAUAAAUUGACAUUUGAAUGUUGUAAAUGAUCAUCACAAUUUCAUUUGAGUGAGGUCGUAUUAAUUGCUAAUUUGAUUGGGAAGAGGAUUGGAUAAAAAAGAACAGAAAAUAUCUCUCUCAGUAAAAGGACAAGUUUCUACUGGUGGAUAUAGAUAUUUUUUUACAAAAUGAGUGAGUGAAAAUAUGAUGUAAAAGAUUAACAUAUGAGCAAAUUAGCAUUGACUUUCCCCAAAUCCUUCUCUAUUGUGAGUUUGUUAAUUGUUUUAAAGAUAUUUAUCUAAAUGAUACAUGCAUGAAGAUAAACACUUAUAAUACAAUGGUAACUUUCAGUAUUACUUUGUAAAUUGAUUUGCAGAAUGCCAGUUUUAUCAGGAUUAGAAUUUUUAAAAUUUUAUUAUGACAAGUACUCUUCCAUUAAAACAAGCUUAACUUCUAAGGAAGAUAAAUUUUAUAAUGACAAGCACUCUUUCUAAGGAAGGCAUGACAAACCUAUCAUAGAUGAUAGGUGUAAUUUUUUGAUGAAUUUUAUUGUGAAAACUAGUCUUUUAUCAGUAAAAGUGGAUACCUUUAAAAGAUUUUCCUUUGAUGUGAACUAUUGUGAAUGGACUAGUACCAAUAUGUGAUAUUAAGUGCUAUUAGUACAAACCACAACUUAAAGUUGUUACGAUAGUGUGCCAAAAUAAGUUUGGACAAAGUUGUCUCCCCCUUGUCUGUGAUAUAUUUUUAAUACUUGCUCAUAGAUGCUAAAUAUAGAUUUAGAAUGAUAGAUGUAUAAAGAAUUUUUGUUAUGUUAUUUGUAAAUUUUGAUAAUUUAUUUUAUUUAUUCUGUUAGAUAUUAUUUUAUUUAUUGAUUAAUUUUGUGAUAGUCAUGCCAUAUAUUGUAUUUCAUGCAAUAUUCAGGGUUGUAGAAGACUUCUUGUUUUACCGAGAACAAUUUGUGAUUGCUACAAGGAUAUGUCUCCAAAAGAAGCUUAUAAAAGAUAGUUUUAGUUUUCAACAUCAAUCAAAAUGUCUUUGACUGAAAUCAACAUAUCAAAUGAAAUGCAUUAUAAUAAUAAUCAAUUUUUAAUUUGUUUUCUUAAUGAAAUUUGUAAAGUUUUAUGACCUGCACUUAUUUCAAAGUGAUAUGAUUUUGAAUUGUCUGAGAUGCACUUAAAAAUGUGAAGUUAUUUGAAAUUUGUAGCUUUGAACACAUUUUUACUUUAUAAGAUUUCAAAUGUUUAGGUUUUACUAAAUGCACUUUGGUGUUUGAUUGGUCAAUAUGAAUACAAUGUAAUAUUAUAUGCAGGUUUACAGUGUGAAAAACUGCUGACAACACAUAAUACUUGUAUGCAGGUUGGUGCUUUUAAUAUACUUGAUGAAGAGAAAAUAAAAUUUUAAAUUUAA